AGAGGGAAGUACAUGGGGAGUUGACAAGAUGGUGGUGACUGAUGACGGGCGAAGCAACGCUCAUGUGGAUGCGCCAAGAAACACGGGUCGGGACUGUAAGCUGGCAAAUUCAGCCGAUUUAUCCUCUGACUUGAUGAAAGAAAAAUCCAGCUUUGGCAUUGAAAUGAAGCAGAAAGCAGAUGGAUGCAGUACAAAGAAGGCUGAGAAAAUUGCUGUUGGUGUGGAUGAAUUGAGACUUUCUUCUCCUGAUAAGACCCAAAAGAAUAAGAAAGCAUCGCAGUCCCGAACUCCUGGUUUGCGAAAAUCCCAGAUUUCCAAGUCGGGAUCGAUAUCGUCUUCAGGAAGCUCUCUAUCGUCUUCUCCCAGCUCUAGAUCCAGUUCGGUUUCAUCCUCUGCCAGCUCUCAAUCGGGUUCAGUGUUAUCUUCCAGCAGUUCUCGAUCCAGUUCAAUGUCGUCUACGAGCAGCUCUCAAUCUGGUUCACUGUCAUCUUCCAGUAGCUCUCGAUUAGGUUCAAUAUCAUCUUCUGGCAGUUCCAGAUCCAGUUCGCUGUCUUCUUCAGGCAGUUCCCGAUUGGGUUCAGUAAAAAAGCACAGGUCAAGUACAAAAUAUACCACGUUGGUUUCAAGGACCAAAUACAUAUCACGAGAGAAGUACAGAAGAUCAAGGCGUGCCAAUUCAAGGUCCCGGUCUCGAAGCUGGUCAAGAUCUUGUUACCGAAGAUCGAGGCAUCAAAUGUCUUGCCGGUCUCCAAUAAGGUACAGAUCCAGAUCAAGGUCCAGCUUGAGAUAUAGAAGAUCUCGCUCAGGAUCAAGGUCAAGAUGUUCAUCUGGAUUACAGAGGACUUGCCAUAAUGUUAUCAGCAAAACCCAAUCAUCACACACAAGAAGCCGAAGCAGAUCAAGGGGCAGGUCUAUCCAUUUAACACAAAAAGAUAAAAAGACGUUGCUAGAAAUAGCAAAGGCAAAUGCUGAUAAGUUAUUUGGAAAGGACAUCAUCCGUUUGCCACCUAACCUGAGGCUUACCAGUCCAUUCAAAGAUGAGAAUUUUGAUUUUGAAAAAUAUAACAGUGAAGUAGCAAAAGAGGUGACCAGAAGGGAGAAACACACAAAUGAAGUUGAAGAAGAUGAACCACUUCAGAAGUUACAAAAUGCCCCUUCAAGAAUGGAAACAAAUCAUUGGAUAGCUUUCAGUGUGAAAAAUGCAGUGGCAAAACCUUUGAAUCACAAGUCAUCAAGUGGCCCGAUUAAAGGAUCACCUGAGAAUAAGCGGAAAGGAGGCCCAUAUGGACAAUGGGUGCUGGUACAAAGUGGUCGCAAGAAUGGUGAUAAAACACAAACACGGUGAAGGCUUAGAAGGAUAUACAAAACAAUUUCAAAUGUAUUUGUAAUAAAUUACUUUAAGCCAGCACUAUAUUGCUUGGCAGAAAUUUAUGAGAAGUCUCGGCUCGCUUUGUUAAAUGUUCAUCAUAAAUUGGAGACUUUGGAGGAAUUUAUAGUUUUGUACAAUUAUUAAGGAUUUAUUUGGACUAACACAUGUUAACAGAGAUGUUGAGCAAUGCUUAGGCUGUGAUAGAUUUAUGCCCAAUGUCAGUCUUCUAAAAAAACCAUGCUGUUUUGCAGGUAGAUGUAAUUUACCAAAAUUUUGGAUUAGGCUUUGUUUAUGCGAAGAAAUAUUGUAAUUGUGUCGUUUUUUCAGAAUUCAAUAAAGAUUUGUAAAUAUGA